GCAGCCAGUUAGGUUGUAGGUGCGCGUGCGGCCCGUGUCUUGUGUAGUAAGGAGCCGCGUUUCUGUAGUAAAGAUGUCGGGUGAAGAGGAGCAACCGGAGCAGACUAUUGCAGAGGAUCUGGUAGUUACCAAAUACAAGAUGGGAGGAGACAUCGCAAACAGAGUCUUGAGGACAGUGGUGGAGAAGGCCAUAGUUGGAGAGUCUGUUCUCAGCUUGUGUGAAAUAGGAGAUGCCAUGAUCAUGGAAGAAACGGGUAAAAUUUUCAAGAAGGAAAAAGAAAUGAAAAAAGAACACACAGGUAACAGAAGCCUGGAAUAAAAUUGCACAUUCUUUUAAUUGUGUACCCAUUGAAGGUAUGUUGUCACACCAGCUGAAGCAGCAUGUCAUUGAUGGCGAGAAAACAAUAAUUCAGAACCCAACAGACCAACAAAGAAAAGACCAUGAGAAAGCAGAAUUUGAAGUACAUGAGGUCUAUGCAGUAGAUGUUUUGGUCAGCACUGGAGAAGGAAAGGCUAAGGAUGCUGGCCAGAGGACCACAAUCUACAAACGGGACCCUUCAAAGCAGUAUGGGUUGAAAAUGAAAACAUCCCGUGCCUUUUUCAGUGAAGUGGAAAGGCGCUUUGAUACCAUGCCCUUCACACUUAGGGCAUUUGAAGAUGAGAAGAAAGCCAGGAUGGGAGUGGUUGAAUGUGCUAAACAUGAACUUCUCCAGCCGUUUAAUGUGCUUUAUGAAAAAGAAGGAGAGUUUGUUGCACAGUUUAAAUUCACAGUCUUGUUGAUGCCAAAUGGCCCAAUGAGGAUAACCAAUGGCCCUUUUGAACCUGAGCUUUACAGGUCUGAAUUUGAUGUUCAGGAUGCAGAACUGAAGGCAUUACUGCAAAGCUCUGCAAGCAGAAAGACACAGAAAAAGAAGAAAAAGAAGGCCUCCAAAAAUGCAGAAAAUGCCACUACUGGAGAAGCAGUAGAAGAGAAUGAAGCUGGAGAUUGAAGGUUGUCAUUUGUACAUGGUGUCCCUAAAACUGACUGGUCAGUCUUUUCUGUAGUGUCCGCAACGCACCCUGAAGAAACAAAGCAAAGAACUGGUGCUGUUUCUUCUAAAGAGAUGGUUCCUGGACUUCCCAGUGUACUACCAGCUCCUAUUGACUUCUAAUGAUGGGAGGAUCACAGGAUUCAGUAAUAAACAGUCUGCUUUAAAGAAAAUAAAUUACCAGUAAUACACAAGGGAAAACAUAAUAUAAAUUUUGUUAAAUUUUUAUACUUGCCCUGCUUGAAAGAUGUGUGUUAAUGUGAAAGCUGUAUCACUUAAUUUUGUGGCCUGCAAACCACAACAUAACACCAAUAUUUUUUUUCCAAAACAGUUCUACUGACUCGAAAGUUCUGUUUUGACUGCUAACAUGGUAGCUGGGAUUUCAGCCAGCAGUCAGGAAAUAUUGAAACUGUUAUUUUUCCAUAGACUCGUAACUUUGAAUUGAAGUGUGGAAUUGUCUUGCAGUGUUGUGCCCUCCUGUCCUUUUGUUCUUAGUACCUACCACUGUGUUAAGUUAUUUUCAGGUUACUGUUUUGAAUUUCUGCUUUUUCUCAGGGCUGAGCCUGCAACACCUGAGCUGUCACCAGUUACUUUUUUCUUUUUAAUUUUAUUAAAUAUUUUGGAAAAUCUCAUUCCUACUCCCCACUUUGAGGAAAAGUAGGGGAAACAUUGUGAACUGAGAACCCCUUCAAAGUCCACGUGGUGAUUUUAGGGAGCUGCAUUGAGAAUUUUUGGAUCGAUAGUUCUGCUGUUAUCUAAAUUUCAUUGCUCACACUCCUGUGAGGGUGUGUACACAAAUGAAAAAAUAUAUAUAUUUUAGGGUCUUAUUUAGAUGAUUUGUUGGGAGACUUAAUCAUUUUUUUCUGAGUGGUUUUGUUUACCCACAGGAGCAGUGUCAAUUCUGUCUUGCCAUCCAUUUAUAACUGGACUAGGUUUGUUGGUCCACUUGCUUUCCUGGAAGAAAAACUGUAGUUCUGUUGCCUGUUUUGCUUCUACGUGCAGUAAACGCUGGGAAGAUGAAUUCAUCUUUAGACAUGUUGUGGGCGUGAGCACUUAAGUGAUUCUUGCUCUGUUUUUAUUGGGACAUUUUCUGGCAACAGUUGACUGUUAAUUCCUUGUAUUCAGGAAAAUGCAAUUCUUUUUUAAAACUUUGAAAAAGUGUAUAUAAAUUAGAGAUUAGUCAUAAUUAUGAAUUUAAAAAGACUUUAAAAGGCUCUCUUACAGUGCAUUGUCAUAUGACCAGGUAAAUUUUCAGACGGGUCAUUAAAUGCUCAGGCAAAGUGUGAUUAUUCCUUUGAAGUUAGAAUUGUAUCCAGACUGUCAGAAUAUGUUGCAUCAGUUUGGGGUUUGUGCUUUAUUCCAGUGACGACUCCUUGGUGGUGUUGGAGACGAGUGCAAUGCAGAAGCAAAAUGCUUGAAGGGUUUGAACAUUUUAUUUGCUCUCUGUAGGUGAGAGAUGGAGCUGCAUUGCUUGCAGUUCUUUCUGUAACUAGAUGUCAUGCAGGACAGUACCAUAUCUUAGCAUUAUAGUCUGUUGCAGUAACCACAACAGUGCAGGAAUUUGUAAACCCCAUAACGGAUGCUUCCCUUUAUUGGCUGGAAUGGCAUGAGCCCAGCUAAUCAGAUGUGUUUGUGUGUCUGGAUGAUUAGUUUAGCACAUUCUUGCAUAUUGAAGAGCAUUGUGUCAAAAACUCUGCAAACAAAUUAUUUGCAGUCUGUCCGAACAAGUUUGAUCAUUGAGAAUCCAUUCAGGAUAAACUUUAUUUUCAUACAACAGCCUUUCCUGACUAGUGAUGGGUCAGCGACUUCUCUUUCCUGCAGUUCAUGGCAGUAGGUUGCCAGUACCAGUGCUUGGCUGGCUAAGCCUGGCAUAGUGAUCAAUGGGUGUGUUCAGUUUGGAAUAUUACAGGAACAACAGGACUUAAAAUUACUGAUUCUUGGAAUUGCCUGUGUUAAAGCACAUCCCCCCCUCUUUGUGUACUGUAAAACAGUCCCAUAUGGUCGACGCCUUUUGUUUAGAAAGGUGUUUAGUGCCCUGUUGUUCAUAGUUCUGUGUGAUGUCUUUGUUUUAUUUGCAUAUGACAUAGGAGCUCAGUUUGUCAUCUGGAUCUCAGUUUUUUGGGGGCCGCUGUGGGGAUUGUUUAAAUAAAUUAAAAAAGUGAAA